AUGGCACAGUGUGGCUUUGUUCCUCGUUGGCUAAACAUCUCCACACCACUGUCAGCUAAGUCACCUACAACUGCCUUUGAAAAACACGGACAGCACCUACCCGGAGGGGAAGGUAGAUCUGGAGCCGGCAGUCCUCAACAUAACUGCUCUGACAGCGGAAGUUUCGAACCAGCUGACCCAUCUUACUGUUCCGUGGGCUCUGGCCUCGCUAAGGGAGGACCAGACGCUGAAAUCACAGAGAGCCCAUCUGCUUGGCAUGGCUCUUCCUGGGGUCAUGAUGGUACGAGCCAGCGUAGCGGCGGUGCUGCAGGGAACCAUAGCCACUGGGACAGCAGCCUCCACACCUGGAAAGCCUCUGCUGCUCAAGAGAAGCCACCUACAGUGAUGAGGAAAGAAAAAGAAGACAAGGUGGAAAAGCUGCAGCUCGGACAGAAAGACUUUCCUCCUUUGAAUCCACAAGCUGGCCAACAGCAUCAGCCAUGCAGACCUACUGGGACCCCUUCUGGAGUGUGGAAGAACCCACCUAGUAUCAAGCAACCCUCCAAGAUGCCGGUCAUCAAAAAAGUUUCCGGAGACGGUCCUGCUGCUGCCUUCUCUGCUGCCUUCACUUCUCCAGGAUCUCACCUCGUGAACAGGAACAAAUCAUCCACCGCGCUCCCAAGGGUCUGUAGGAGCCAGGUUCUCAAGCCGGUACCAUCUCCUUCCAAGCCCAGCGCCUUACGUCUGACCAAGGUGACCCGCCGAAGUACCGACAGGAGGAGCGUGUCCCUGAGGAUCCUGAAGUAUAACCAGAACGUAGACCCUGGACCAAAGUCAGCUGUGACCAGCCCUAUCUCUGUUUCCAAAGCAGUGGCACUGGCUGGUGGCACAGUUCCCAGCUCACCCAAAGGCACCACCCCACCAGCGGGGACCAGCGCCUCACGUCUGACCAAGGUGACCCGCAGAAAAACUGACAUGAGGAGUGCGUCCCUGAGGAUCCGGAAGUAUAACCAGAACAGAGACUUCUCAAGAAACAGGGGCAGAGACAAGCUGCAGGACUUGGAGAACAACCAUACACCUGAACCCAGGGAGAAGGCAGAGGACAGCUGUCUGCAGAAGGGCCUUGCUCUCCCCGUGGUGCAGGAAGGGAAGGUCCCCUUGCACUCUCUGGAAGCUGAGCACAGGUUACUGAAAGCGAUGGGAUGGCAGGAAUGUCCCAAAAGUGAGGAGGACUGCCUCCCCCUCACAGAGGAUGAGCUCCAGGAGUUCCACAGGAAGACGGAGCAGCUAAGAAGAAAUGGCUUUGGGAAGAAGGGCUUCUCCCAGGGCCGCAGCUCCAGCCCCUUCUCGCCUUGGAGGAGCGUGCGUGCAGCCGAGCUGGAGGACACAGAGGCAGAUGCCAGCGGCAGUGACACAUCAGAUGACGAGGCCUGGGACUAGGACUCUCAACGCCCUCCGUUAAAUGGGAUCCCGGAACUCGGCUCCUGUGUUUAGGGAGUGUGCAGUAUAAAUCCGUCUUUUCCUUUUCUUACGUUAUUGUGGAAUUCUUUGUGCACAUGGGAAAUAAUCAUCCCAGAGACAGGGUGAUGGGCUUGUUUAGGCUUUGUUGUUGUUCUUCCCCAUUUUUUGUUUAAUAGAAGUUUGGGUGGUGGGGAAGGCUUUAAAAUAUACGUACACAGGCAGUACCCACGGGGCGACGCACACAGGGAAGCCCGGUAGUGCAGAGGGGACAUGGACGUGUCUGCGCAGCAGCUUCUACUUCCGGACCG